AUGGAUGACUUGAAGAUAUAUGCUGCAACAAAAAACCAACUUGAAAAUCUUCUGCGUACCGUUCAUAAAAUCAGCGCAGAUGUUGGAAUAAUCUUUGGUACGAGCAAAUGUCAGACUGUUUCAAUCAUAAGAGGAAAACUAUGCGAAACACCAGAAUUGAAUCUAGAUGAGAAAACAAUUAUCUCCUCAAUGUCGACUGAGCCGUAUAAAUAUCUUGUAAUGCUGCAAACAUACAAAAUAGAACAUGGAAUUAUUAAAAACCGCCUAUCGACCGCCUUCCGACUGCGACUUACCUCCCUACUAAAGACAGGUUUGAAUUCUAAGAACCUUUUUAAAGCAAUAAACACUUGCGCCCUACCGGUUCUUACAUAUUCUUUUGGAAUAGUCAAAUGGACCGAUACAGACUUGGAAUCCCUAAAUCGCCUGGUACGAACAAUCUUAACCAAAUUUAGAAAUCACCACCCAAGAAGCGCUACGGAACGGGUGACCCUCCCUCGAAAUCUUGGAGGUAGAGGUUUACUGGAUGUUGUUAAUGUCUGUCGGGAGCAAAUAAAGAGCCUCAGAGAAUACUUUUAUACCAAGAACAGCAAUCUUUACGUCACGGUGUCUUCAGCUGAUGUCAAAUACACCCCCUUGAACCUCAGUAGUAAACAAUAUGAUGCUUUUCCAACUCUAUCAAUCACUAAUAAAAUAACUACUUGGGGAGCCAAGGAGUUACACGGACGGUACCCAAGUGAGCUAGAUCAACAUCACAUUGAAAAGGCGGCGUCAUUGCACUGGUUAACAUCGGAUUAUCUCUACCCAGAAACCGAGGGAUUCAUAGUGGCUAUGCAAGACCAAGUGAUUCCAACACGCAACUACCGGAAACUCAUCCUAAAGGAGAAUAUAUCAGACAAGUGCCGUAGAUGUGAUUCUGGAAGUGAAAACAUAGAACACAUUUUAUCAGGGUGCAGUAAUCUGGCGAGUACAAAGUAUCUGGAAAGACACAACAGAGUCGCAUCAAUCAUCUACUUGGAGAUCCUCAAACACUUCAACAUUGACCGAGAAAUCCAAGAGCCCUACUACAAAUAUCAUCCACCACCCGUAGUCGAAAAUAAUAGUUUCAAAAUAUACUGGGAUAAAACCAUCCUAACAAAUAAAACCGUUAGACGUAACAGACCGGACAUCACGCUUAUAAAUAAAAUUAAAAAAACAGUUUUACUAAUUGACAUUUCUAUUCCUAACAACAACAAUAUACAAAGCAAGUUUACAGAAAAAGUAACAAAGUAUCAAGAUUUGAGAAUAGAAAUAAAAAAUAUAUGGCAAAUGGAAUCGGUCCAGGUAGUCCCCUUGAUUGUUUCAGCCAUUGGAAUUAUCCCGUCAACCUGA